AUGGGGGACCAGGGGCCGCAGGACCGGCCGAGGUCCCCGGGCAUGGACUCCAAGCCCUGGUACUGUGACAAACAGCCUUCCAAGUGCUUCGCGAAGCGCAAGUACAGGCGCCUGAGGUUCCCGCCCAUGGACACCCAGAACUGGGCAUUUGUGACGCAGGGCGUGGACGACUUCCGCUACGGCUGUCCGUCUCCCGAAGAUACGCUCGUUUGUCGCCGUGACGAGUUUUUACUCCCCAAAAUAUCUCUCAGAGGUCCCCAAGCUGACCCCAAAAGCAGGAAGAAAAAGCUGCGCAAGAAAGCGGCCCUGUUUUCCAAGCUCUCACGAGCCAAGCCAGCACGGAAGACGUUCGUAGAGGAAGUGGAAGCCCAGCUGACGGCCAAGCCUCCCUUGGCCAUGAACUCCAAUCUGGGAGAAGAUAUGCCUCCAGAUCUCCUACUACAGGUGCUGAAACCGCUGGAUCCUGAGAGGAAGCUGGAGGACACAUGCGCUUGUCAGGGCCAGGGGACGACAACCGACGAACCCAUGGAGCCUGGUAAAUACCCCUGCAGGGAAUUCUCCCCUCAGCCACCCGAGACUCGGGUGUCCUGUCUCCGCCCAGAGCCUCCCAAGACUCCGGUGUCCAGUCUCCACCCAGAGCCUCCCAAGUCUCCAGUGUCUAGUCUCUGCCUGGAGCCUCCUGAGACUGGAGUGUCUCAUCUCCGCCCAGAGCCUCCCGAGACUCCGGUGUCUAGUCUCCGCCCAGAGCCUCCCAAGACUCAGGUGUUCAGUCUCCACCUGGAGCCUCCCAAGACUGGAGUGUCCAAUCUCCUCCCGGAGCCUCCAGAGACUGGAGUGUAUCAUCUCUGCUCAGAGCCUCCCAAGACUAGCGUAUCUCGUCUCCACCCGGAGCCUCCUGUGACUGGAGUGCCUGAUCUCUGCCCGGAGCCUCCCAAGACACGCGUAUCUCAUGACCCAGAGCCUCCUGAGACUGGAGUGUCCCAUCUCCACCCAGAGCCUCCCAAGACUUGGGUGUCCAGUCUCCACCCGGAGCCUCCCGAGACUGGAGUGUCUCAUCUCCGCCCAGAGCCUCCCAAGACUCGCGUACCUCCUCUCCGCCCAGAGCCUCCCGAGAAUGGAGCGUCUCUUCUCCCCCUGGAGCCUGCCAAGACUCGCGUAUCUAAUCUCCGCCCGGAGCCUCCCGAGACUGGAGUGUCCCGUCUCCGCCCAGAGCCUCCCAAGACUCGGGUGUCCAGUCUCCGCCCGGAGCCUCCCGAGACUGGAGUGUCCCAUCUCUGCCCGGAGCCUCCCAAUGGAGUGUCCCAUCUCUGCCCGGAGCCUCCCAAGACUCGGGUGUCUGGUCUCCGCCCAGAGCCUCCCGAGACUGGAGUGUCCCAUCUCUGCCCGGAGCCUCCCAAGACUCAUGUAUCUCAUCUCCCUCCGGAGCCUCCUGAGACUGGAGUGUUCCAUCUCCGCUCAGAGCCUCCCAAGACUCGGGUGUCCAACUCUGAAGUGUCCCGUCUCCGCCCAGAGCCUCCUGAGACUGGAGCGUCCCAUCUCCGCCCAGAGCCUCCUAAGACUCGGGUGUCCCGUCUCCGCCCAGAGCCUCCUGAGACUGGAGUGUCCCAUCUCCGCCCGGAGCCUCCAGAAACUUGUGUAUCUCAUCUCUGCCUGGAGCCUCCAGACACUGGAGUGUCCCAUCUCUGCCCGGAGCCCCCCAAGAUACGCGUAUCUCAUCUCUGCCCAGAGUCUCCUGAGACUGGAGCGUCCCAUCUCCGCCCAGAGCCUCCCGAGACUCCGAUGUACAGUCUCCGCCUGGAGCCUCCCGAGAAUGGAGUGUCCCAUCCCUGCCCAGAGUCUCUCAAGACUCGGGUGUCCAGUCUCCACCCAGAGCCUCUUGAGACUGGAGUGUCCCAUCUCUGCCCAGAGCCUCUAGAGAUUUGCGUAUCUCAUCUCCGCCCGGAGUCUACCGAGACUGGAGUGUCUCAUCUCUGCCCAGAGCCUCCCAAGACCCCCGUGUCCAGUCGCCGCCCAGAGCCUCCUAAGACUGGAGCGUCCCAUCUCCGCCCAGAGCCUCCCAAGACUCAGGUGUCCGGUGUCCGCCCGGAGCCUCCCGAAACUAGAGUGUCUCAUCUCCGCCCGGAGCCUCCUGAGACUGGAGUGUCCCAUCUCCGCCCAGAGCCUCCCAAGACUCCGGUGUCCAGUCUCUGCCCAGAGCCUCCUGAAACUGGAGUGUCCCAUCUCUGUCCGGAGUCUCCCGAGACUCACGUAUCUCAUCUCUGCCCAGAGCCUCCCGAGACUGGAGUAUCCCAUCUCAGCCCGGAAACUUCCAACACUCAUCGGCCUAGUAAAUACCUUUGUGGGGAAUCCAACCCGCGGCCUUUCGAGAGUCGGGUGUCCCAUCUCCCCCUGGUGCCUCCCAAGACUCGUCGGGUGUCCAGACUCCGCCCGGAGCCUCCCAAGACUCGUCGGGUGCCCAGUUUCCACCCGGAGCCUCCCAGGACUCGUCGAGUGUCCAGUCUCCGCCUGGAGCCUCUCAAGACUCGUCGAGUGUCCAGUCUCUGCCCGGAGACUACCAAGACUGGAGUAUCCCAUCUAAAAGAACUGUUUCAGGAAGAUACACCAAACACAACGGAGUGUGUUUCUGACUCUCUUCAACAUAGAUACACAUCGAGAAAACUCCGUGACUUCAAGUGGGCAGGAGACCUGGGAGUUGAUGAAGAAUCCAUCAGCAGUCUGUUUGACUUUACCCCUGAGUGCAAAGCAAACUAUCAAGACCAAAAGAUUAAGAUGGUAAAUGAGUGUUCCUCAGGGCUGAAGUGCAGCAUGGAGCUAGAUGACAUGGAUGAGGUCAAAUUCUUCUCACAGAAAAAAGACUUGGACGAGAAAAUCCAGACUGCAUCGAAUUCUUAUAGUGCAGAGCAUGUGAACAUGGGGUAUGGAGCAUGGUACCUCAAGCCUAAGUUGGGACAAAAGCUAAGAAGUGAUGAACCGUUGAUUGACCCCAAGCUCCUACUUGAAAAGCCUGAUGAACCCGACAUUCUUGACGGUCUUUAUGGACCAAUUGCCUUUAAGGAUUUUAUAUUAAGCAAGGGCUACGAAAUGCCUGGCAUCAUUCAAAGGCUGUUUGCCAGGAAUGGAUGGACUUAUGACUCUGUUAAGACUCCUAUUCAACGUGCAAUGCAAGUUUACAAGUACAAAGAAGACGUCACAGAUGCAUCGGAAGAAGAUUAG